AUGAAAUUAGAUCAUCCGAAAUGGCAAGGUCCGGGCGAGGUCGUUUGCGAACUGACAUACCUGGGUGAAAAGAUGGUCAUGAACGAGUACAUAGUCGAACGAGAGGUAGUGCAACCAGUCAAAACAACUACCGAACAUCUCUUUGAGACAAAAAACCAAACGCCAGUCGUAUGUACCUGCAGUACGUACGUCAUCCCCACUCGUCGGCUGGUAGAGGAGAUAGUGCAGGUACCCCAGACUGUCCGCGAGCACAUCGUACAGGUAGAGAAGCCAGUAAUAUACGAAACGGUCAUCGAAGUACCAGAGUUUGAAUACCGAGAGAAAAUCGUGGACUUCCCGGUGGUGCUGCAAAGACCGCGGCCCGUUUCCGUCAAAUACAACCCACUUGGAACCGCCUCACAGCAACGGCUCGUCGAGCAAAUACGCGCUGGCAUGGCUCAACCACCCACGUCCAGUCCACACUUGCCGGUAAGACACGUGUCGACAAGGCAACUACCCGAAAGGCAACUGCCCAGCAAACAUGUUAUUCGCCACGUUACUGUGGAUUCGCCGAUAUCGUCACAAUGGGGAGAUCCUGUGCCGAUGCCGGUAUGCCAACACUGCCCUCAGGUCAUUUACUCUGAAACAGUUGAACAUGACCUAAUCCAGUCACCUGAGUGGGACCAAUCGGAUGUUAGCCGACUCGAUGUAGUUCAGCCGGAACUGGUUGAACCCGAAUUGAUUCAGCCGGAAUUGGUCCAAGUGGACUUUGCUGAUGUGGGUCAUCAUGAUGUGGAUCCUCUUAACGUGGGUCCUCUUGAGGAGGUACCGCCGGCUGAGGUGGUGAUCGUUGAGCCACCGCAGGUGAUUUACCAUCCCGAAAAGUUUUCGUAUGCACCUGCGAUUGCGUCGCCGUGGCGACAAGUCUCAUUCGACUUUGGGCCAGACUUAUCGGAGCCUGCGUCUGAGUUCACGACCCUGAUUCCGUACGGCGAGAAGCCAGCCACUGGAGGACUGGGGGGCAGUCCCUAUGACUACUGUACGCAGAGUACCGCCUACAGCACGACCCCAGGAGUCGGGACGGUUUCGACCUGGCACGAAGAACGACUGCCGCCCUCCUGGAGGGGGUCCAGCGAAGGUCAAUUAGACCACCUGGUCUCUGACCACUUGGUCUCUGACCGGCUGGUUUCAGACCAACUGGUGUCAGACCAUCUGGGUUCAGAGCAGAUAGGUUCAGAACGGCUGAGCUCUUACAUUGUUGGGGACGGGGAUGACCCCCGCCAGUGCUGCUUCCCGCCGAGUGCCGGUGUUAUGGGUUUACUGGAUGAAGGUGAUUUAAUCUCGCGCGAGGCGUCGGAAUACAAUAUUACCGUCGAGCGGGCGGACGGGGACGACGGACUGUUAAUUGAGUCUGAACGGGACGACUCGGAACCUAAUGAGGACCCGCAGAGCAGUCCGGCUCGAGAUUUUUUUGUGGGGGCCGCAGCGCAGCCGGUUCGCCGCUUUUACUGCAAGCCCUGCAAUCCUGGGGUUGACGCCUACAGUCCUGAAGAGAAUGCCUACAACCCUGAGGUUGACGCCUACGGUCCUGAGGCUAACGCCUACAGUCCUGAGGUCAACCCGCACACCACGGGACACACUUCGGUGCACACCACGGUCUAUAGCACACACGGUCCGACCACUGUAGACUGCCCUCCGGGACCCGGCGCUCAGUUCUACAGCGCUGAAACUGAAGUUAGAAUCCCGGUUCCGGUUGUCGCGGACACAACGGUUGAGUUUAAGGUACCGCGAAUCAGCACAAAAUAUUCCAAGAGGGACGUCCCACUCUACGUGCCUCGAUUUAUUGAGACAAAUGUUGAAGCCGAACUAUAUUGCGACAGCACUCUCCUGGAGGACGCAGCGAAUUGUGACAAGGGGCUGCUCGACGCGAUCGAACGCAAUGAAGCUGCUCUGAAGACCCUCCGACGCACGGGUGACGGCGCUGCUCGCAAAGCCUUUGUAGAAGGACCGGCCUCGGGAGGAGGUUUAAUUCCGGGAGAAGGAACGGCCGAAGAAGGCACCGCGGAAAGGUGGACCGCCGACGAACAAACCGCCGACGGAGGUCUUGGAGGAAGUUCCGCAUCUAGACCUUUAACAAAGAGAAACCCAACGACGGGAGAACAGCGGGCCGGCGGGUCAGAAGGUUCCGUUGCGGAUAAAUACGCGCCGGUUACGCUGUCGGAACUGCAUGACGCGGCGGAGUAUAUCAAGAGCCUCGACUUCGAGCGGCGCCUGAUGGAACAAAAGGCUGCCGAGAACCUGCUCUAUUACUGGCAAACCAACCAACUCCUCAUCAAUGAGGUCUCCGUGGCUUCGGUCUGCGCCGGCGUAAGCGGCGACGGAACUCCAUUUUUGGAGACGGUCGCAGUCGUCACGAGAAAUGAGCCACCCACGGAACUGACUAGCGACCCCCGUAGCAGUGACUGUUCGUCCCUCGACGCCCACGGGCACGAACAUUGA